AUCAAGAGCUGUUUUGAAGGUGGUACUUCGAAGUAUUGGCACACGUAGCAGUCAAUAACAUCCAACUUGAAUUCCAAGGGCAGACAAGGCACCGCUCGACUUUUACGGGAUUCAUUCUCUCCAUAAGCGCUCUAACCAACGAGACCAACAUCGGAAAAUCGACACCAUUGCGCUCUUCUCUCUAUCAUCGCCACCUUCAUUAUCACAUCUUGUACCAAGUGGUGCAUUCGAGAUGCCAACGCAAAACGCCGACUCGAGUGACAAGAUACCUACUGUCAAUGAAUUCGGACAACCCGCCGGGUUCGCCAUGGAAGACUGGACUCCACCUCCGUUCCCACCUCACGAGACCCUAGUAGGCCGCUACUGCCAGCUCGAGCCGCUGCGUGCUGAUCGACACGCUAAAGACUUCUGGGAUGCCCAGUCCGACGACCCCAAAGGCGCUAGCUGGACGUAUAUGAUCAACGGACCAUUUAAGGACUUCGACGAGUUCGAAGCGUACUGCUUAAGCACCGAGAAGGCUCGUGAGCCACAAAUCUACGCCAUCGUUGUGAACGGACGUGCCGUGGGAAUGAUCGCAUACAUGCGCGUCGAUCCGUGUAACGGGGUGAUGGAAGUUGGGCGUAUCUACUAUACAUCAAGGAUGCAAAAGACCCCCGCUGGUGCCGAGGCAAUGUAUCUGCUAGCCGCCAACGCCUUCAAACUGGGUUAUCGCCGGUAUGAGUGGAAGUGCGACAGCUGCAACAUUCCGUCUCGCAAUGCUGCAACUCGGUUCGGGUUCACAUACGAAGGACUGUUUCGCCAAGCGAUCGUCUACAAAGGCCGCAACCGCGACACGACUUGGUUCUCGAUCACUGAUGGCGACUGGAAUGGCGGGUUGAAGGAUGCGUACCAGCGUUGGCUGGCGUCGAGCAAUUUUGACGAGAAGGGCCAGCAGAAGCUUAAGUUGUCGGAUCUCACGUCACCAUUUGUGCACGCUAGACCGUAACGGUGAUCAUCGAUCCCGAUGUAACACAACAGGGAAUGAAGCUCGCCAUUCGAAUGUGGUGUCUUGCAAGAAAUAAACGUGCAAAACUUGUUUUUUUUACAUCGACAUCCUUACUAUUUCGAUUUGCUGUU